AUGGAGGGUGGUCCAGGUCUGAGUUUGUAUCCGUUGCACCGCUGCAAAACUAUUCAUCUGGUGAGGCAUGCUCAAGGAUUGCAUAAUGUUGAGGGGGAAAAGAACUACAAAGCAUUCUUGAAUCCCGAAUAUUUGGAUGCACCCAUCACCCCACUAGGUUGGCAGCAGGUUGAUAAUUUGCGCAAGCAUGUCCAUGCGUCUGGGCUCAUCAGGAGGGUUGAAAUAGUUGUCACAUCCCCAUUGCUUAGGACAUUGCAAACAGCUGUUGGAGUUUUUGGUGGGGAAGGCUACACAGAUAGGAUGAACACACUGCCACUAAUGGUGGCAAAUGCUGGAAACAGUGGUCGAGCAGCAAUUUCAAGUUGCAAUUCCCCGCCAUUCAUUGCAGUAGAGGAUUGUCGAGAACAUUUUGGCGUACAUCCUUGUGACAAGAGACACAAUAUCAGCGACUAUCAAUUUAUUUUUCCUGCAGUUGACUUUUCACUGAUAGAAACUGAUGAGGAUGUACUGUGGAAGGCCGAUGUGAGAGAGACAACUGAGGAACUUGCUGCAAGGGGACUGAAGUUUUUGAACUGGUUGUGGACAAGGAAAGAGAAGGAGAUAGCAAUUGUUACCCAUAGCGGGUUUUUGGUUCACACAUUACGUGCAUUUGGAAAUGACUGUCAUCCAUUGGUGAAGAAAGAAAUGUGCACACGCUUUGCUAAUUGUGAGCUACGAUCUAUGGUCAUUGUUGACAGAAGUAUGAUUGGAUCAGAUGUUUCGACAACUAACUAUCCUGGAAAGGUUCCUUCUGGGCUGGAUCUCCCUAACAAUGUUGCGGAGGACAAAGCACCGAAUUCAGUUUAG